GAACCUUCAGAGCAGGGCUGGGAGCAGCCGGCUAUGAUAACGUUAGCUAAAAGCCAGUCUGCGGCUUCUGUCCCUUCUGAUCCAGCUGAGCUGCACCCAGUGUUUUCUGUGCUGGAGAACAGGGACUCGUCCCUGUUGGUCACAACAAAAGCACCUGUGAAGUGGACCUCCGUCUCUGUAUGACAAAAUAGAGCCUCAGUGGACAGAAACUCAGCGUUCCGCUUGUCACCAUGUUUAACCUGAUGAAAAAGGAUAAGGAGAGGGAUGGCAGUAGGAAGGAGAAGAAAGAUAAAAAGGAGAGGAUGUCUGCAGCAGAGCUGCGCAGCCUGGAGGAGAUGAGCAUGCGGCGCGGCUUCUUCAACCUAAAGAGGGAAGCCAAGCGGGAGUCCAAGACCAAGCUGGAGAUUUCUAAUCCAAUUCCCAUCAAGGUGGCCAGCAGCAACGAGCACACCCUCACUGAUAUUGAGUCAGAGGGGUUGAGUAACCGCAGCAGCAUGGUCCUGGAUGACCAGCUCAGCGCCGCCAGCUCCACUGACGACCUGAAGGGCGAGGGUGGAGGGGGACACGACGGCCAUCGCAGCUCAGUACGGGACCGCGUGGCUCAGUUCGGUUCUAUUGCCAAGACCAACUCUUCGCAGGUGGGUCAGAUGAUGAAGCGUUUCUCCUUCUCUCAGAGGAGCAAAGAGGAGAGCCCAUCGGAGGGCUCCACCCCCUCGGGCCAGAACUCUGCUGCCCCUUCCCCGCAGGUGGAGAGCAAAGUGUUCAGCAUGCUCCGCACCCACAGCCUAAAGCAGCAGCCAACGGAAGUGGCAGCCGUCCGAAAAGUUUGCAUCCCUGAAGUGGUCGCAAAGGCCUUUCCUGGACAGCUGCAGCUGCCCGUUGUGGUCGCCCCGAGCGUACCGGAGAUCCGUGAGCUGGAGCUCCAACGCCGCAACACGGGUGACUUUGGCUUCUCUCUACGUCGCACCACAAUGCUGGACCGCAGUCCCGACGGAGGAGUCUACAGGCGCGUGGUCCACUUCGCCGAGCCAGGCGCCGGCACCAAGGACCUGGCACUGGGGCUGGUGCCGGGAGACCGGCUGGUGGAGAUCAACGGACGGAACGUGGAGAACAAAAGCCGUGACGAGAUCGUGGAGAUGAUCCGCCAGUCGGGGGACGCGGUGAGGCUGAAGGUGCAGCCCAUCCUGGAGCUGAGCGAGCUGAGCCGCUGCUGGCUGAGGAACACCGAGGGGCUGCGCCGGGAGGCCCGACAUGUGAAGACAGAAGAGCAGAUCACAGCGGAGCAAGUGUGGUACGGAUCAGAGAAGGUCUGGCUUGUCCACAAAAAUGGCUUCUCCCUGGCCACAGUAGUGAAGACAGAGGCUGGCUCCCUGCCAGAGGGCAAGGUGAAGAUCAAGCUGGAGCAUGAUGGGACAUUAUUGGAAGUGGACGAAGACGACGUUGAGAAGGCCAACCCUCCAUCGUCCAACCGCUCAGAGGACCUGGCUUCACUGCUCUAUCUCAACGAAUCCAGUGUGAUGCACUGCCUGAGGCAGCGCUACGGAGGCAACCUAAUCCACACCUACGCUGGAACCAACAUGGUGGUCAUCAACCCCCUGAGCACACCCUCCAUGUACUCUGAAAAGGUGAUGCACAUGUUCAAAGGCUGUCGCCGAGACGACUCUGCUCCUCACAUCUACUCUGUGGCCCAGUCGGCCUACCGCAACCUGCUCACCACCCGGCAGGACCAGUCCAUUGUGCUGCUGGGCAAGUCCGGCAGCGGCAAGACCACCAACUGCCAGCAUCUGGUCCAGUACCUGGUCUCUAUCGCUGGCAGCACGGGAAAGAUCUUCUCUGUUGAGAAGUGGCAGGCGGUCUACACCAUCCUGGAGGCCUUUGGCAACAGCUCCACCUCCAUGAACACCAACGCCAGCCGCUUCUCCCACGUGGUGUCCCUGGACUUUGACCAAGCCGGGCAAGUGGCCUCUGCGUCUAUCCAGACGAUGCUGCUGGAGAAACUGAGGGUGAGCCGCCGGCCCGAUGCAGAGUCCACCUUCAACGUGUUCUACUACAUGAUGGCCGCAGCCGACAGCAGCCUGAGGACGGAGCUACACCUUAACCACCUGGCUGAGAACAGUGCUUUUGGGAUCCUCCCACAGUCUAAGCCUGAAGACAAGCAGCGAGCCUCGCAGCAGUUCACAAAGCUGCAGGCAGCCAUGAAGGUGCUGGGCAUCUCUGGGGAGGAGCAGAAGGCCCUGUGGCUUAUCCUGGGGGCCGUUUACCAUUUGGGGGCCGCAGGAGCCACUAAAGACGCAGAUGAAGCGGGCCGGAGACAGUUUGCCCGUCACGAAUGGGCCCAGAAGGCGGCCUACCUGCUGGGCUGCACCCUGGAGGAGCUGUCCUCUUCUAUCUUUAAGCACAAGGCCAAAGGACUGCAGCACUCCACAUCCUUCAGAGGAGGACCCGACGAGGCCGGCCUAGGGGACGGCUCAGGUUCUAAGGUCACAGCACUGGAGUGUUUGGAAGCCAUGGCGUCGGGACUCUACUCUGAGCUUUUCACUCUCGUAAUCUCCCUAAUAAACAGAGCUCUGAAGUCCAGUCAGCACUCCCUGUGCUCACUGCUGAUUGUGGACACGCCGGGUUUCCAGAACCCUCGGCUGGCCCAGCAGCAGCGGGGAGCCACGUUCGAGGAGCUCUGCCACAACUAUACCCAGGAGAGGCUGCAGACCCUGUUCCAUGAACGCACCUUCGUCCAGGAGCUGGACAGAUACAAGGAGGAAAAUAUAGAGCUUGCUUUAGAUGACAUAGAGUCCAGUACCUCUCUGUCUGUAGCAGCUAUUGACCAAGCCUCCACCCAAGCUCUGGUUCGGACUCUGGCCAGGACGGAUGAGGCUCGAGGCCUCCUGUGGCUGAUGGAGGAGGAGGCUGUGCAGCCCGGAGGAUCAGAGGAAACCAUGCUCGAGAGACUCUUCAGCUACUACGGCUCUGCACAGGGAGAAAACAAAGGAGCCGGUCUGCUGCUGCGAGGAGAGAAGCCUCAUCUCUUCCUGCUGGGCCACAGCCACGGGACCGAUUGGGUGGAGUACAACGCUCAGGGCUGGCUAACCCAUGCCAAGCACAACCCCGCCACCCAGAACGCUGCCACUCUGCUGCAGGACUCCCAAAAGAAGAACAUCAGUGGGCUGUUCAUGGGCCGGGCCAGCGGGGCCACAGUGCUGUCCGGCUCCAUCGCUGGUCUGGAGGGCAGCUCCCAGCUCGCCCUGCGGCGAGCCACCAGCAUGAGGAAGACCUUCACCACGGGCGUGGCUGCCGUCAAGAAGAAGAGCCUGUGUAUCCAGGUCAAACUCCAAGUGGAUGCUCUGAUUGAUAUGGUGCGUCGUUCCAGGGUUCACUUUGUCCACUGCCUGCUGCCCAAAGCAGAGGCAGUGGGUGGAGGAGGUGAGCCCCGCGUGACGCAUGGAGAGAGCCUAGACUCGGGCCUCAUGACUUUGGACGUGAGCCUCCUGAGGGCUCAGCUCCGAGGAUCCAAACUGCUGGAUGCACUGCGCAUCUACAGGCAAGGAUACCCAGACCACAUGGUGUUCUCUGAGUUCCGCAGGCGCUUUGAUGUCCUGGCACCACAUCUGACCAAGAAGCAUGGCCGCCACUACAUUGUUACAGAUGAGAGGAGGGCUGUGGAGGAGCUGUUGGAGUCCUUGGAGCUGGAGAAGAGCAGCUACCAGAUGGGGCUGAGCAGGGUGUUCUUCAGAGCGGGAACUCUGUCCCGUCUGGAGGAGCAGCGAGACGUUCAGACCAGGAGGAACAUCUCCCUGUUCCAGGCUGCCUGCAGGGGAUACCUGUCCAGACUGGCCUUCAAGAAGAGGAAGAUCCAGGAUCUGGCCAUCCGCUGCAUCCAGAAGAACAUAAAGAAGAAUCGGGGCGUCAAAGGCUGGCCAUGGUGGAAGCUCUUCACCAACGUCAGACCUCUGAUAGAGGUGCAGCUCACUGAGGAACAAAUCCGAGGCAAAGACGAAGAGAUCCAGCUGCUGAAGCAGAAGCUGGAGAAGGUGGAGAAAGAGAGGAACGAGAUGAGACUCAACAGCGACCGCCUUGAGAGCCGGAUCUCAGAGCUGUCAUCAGAGCUGGCUGAUGAGCGCAACACCGGGGAGUCAGCCUCCCAGCUGCUGGAGUCGGAAACUUCAGAGAGACUCCGCCUGGAGAAGGACAUGAAGGACCUGCAGGCCAAGUUUGACAGCAUGAAUAAACAGAUGGAGUCCAUGGAGAUGGAGGUGAUGGAGGCUCGACUCAUCCGAGCGUCUGAACUCAACGGAGAGAUGGAAGAUGACAAUACAGGAGGAGAGUGGAGGCUGAAGUACGAACGAGCCAUCAGGGAGAUUGAAUUCACCAAGAAGAGACUGCAGCAGGAGUCUGAUGACAAGCUGGAGGUGGAGCAGCAGAACAAACGGCAACUGGAAAGGAGGAUCAGCGACCUGCAGGCCGAUAACGAGGAGUACCAGAGAAACAUCCAGCAGCUGAAGAAGAAAGCCCAGCGCGCAACAGCUGAACUGCAGGACACCAAACUUCACCUGGAGGGCCAGCAGAGCCGCAACCAUGACCUGGAAAAGAAGCAGAGGAAGUUUGACAGUGAGCUGAGUGGAGCCCAGGAGGAGGUGCAGAGGGAGAGGAGCCUGAGGGAGAAACUGGCCCGAGAGAAAGACGUGUUGGCCGGAGACGCUUUCAGCCUCCGUCAGCAACUGGAGGACAAGGACCUGGAGGUCUGUGCAGUCAACCUGAAGCUGGACCAGCUGGAGGCUGAGCUGCAGGACCUCAACUCCCAAGAAUCCAAGGAUGAAGCAUCGCAGACGAAGGUGAGAAAGCAACUUCGGGACAUUGAGGCCAAGCUGAAGGACCAGGAGGAGGAACUGGACGAGCAGGCCGGUACCAUCCAGAUGUUGGAGCAGGCCAAGCUACGUCUGGAAAUGGAGAUGGAGCGUCUGCGUCACACUCAUUCCAAGGACAUUGAGAGCAAAGACGAUGAGGUGGAGGAGAUCAGACAGUCGUGCAGCAAGAAGAUGAAGCAAAUGGAAGUCCAGCUUGAGGAAGAGUAUGACGAGAAGCAGAAGGUGCUGAAGGAAAAGAGAGAGCUGGAGUCCAAGCUUCUAUCAGAACAAGACAAGGUGAGAAGUGGUGACAUGGAGACUGAAAAGCGUUUGAGGAAGGACUUAAAGAGAACCAAGGCCCUGCUGGCUGAUGCCCAGAUCAUGUUGGACCACAUAAAGAACAACGCGCCCAGCAAGAGGGAGAUCGCUCAGCUCAAAAACCAGCUGGAGGAGUCUGAGUUCACCUGCGCUGCUGCAGUUAAAGCUCGUAAAUCCAUGGAGGUGGAGAUUGAGGAUCUACACGUUCAAAUGGAGGACAUCUCCAAAACAAAACAGGCGCUGGAGGAGCAGCUGAGUCGUCUGCAAAGAGAGAAGAAUGACCUCCAGUCCAGGAUGGAGGAGGACCAGGAAGACCUGAACGAGCUGAUGAAGAAGCAUAAGGCUGCUGUGUCUCAGUCGGCACAGAACCUGGCUCAGAUCAGUGACCUACAAGCCCAGCUGGAGGAGACCCUCAAGGAGAGGCAGGAGGUUCAGGAAAAGAUACAAGCCCUGCAGAGCCAGCUGGAGUUCCAGGAGCAGUCCAUGGUGGAGAAAUCUCUCGUCAGCCGUCAGGAGGCCAAGAUCCGUGAGCUGGAGACCAAACUGGAGUUUGAAAAGACUCAGGUCAAACGCUUGGAGAGCCUCGUAGCUCGUCUUAAAGAGAACUUGGAGAAGCUGACAGAGGAACGAGACCAACGCAGUAGCAGCGAGAAUCGAGAGAAGGAACAGAACAAACGUCUGCAGAGACAGAUCCGCGACAUCAAAGAAGAGACAGGUGAACUGGCCAAAAAGGAAGCCGAGGCCAGUCGCAAAAAACACGAGCUGGAAAUGGACAUUGAGAGCUUGGAGGCUGCUAAUCAGAGCCUGCAGGCAGACCUUAAGCUGGCCUUCAAAAGGAUCGGUGACCUGCAGGCGGCCAUCGAGGACGAGAUGGAGAGUGACGACAAUGAAGACCUGAUCAACAGUUUGCAAGACAUGGUGACAAAGUAUCAGAAAAGACAGAACAGAGCUCAGGGGGAUUCAGACACAGACUCUGAGGUGGAGGAUCGUGUGGAUGGGGUGAAGUCCUGGUUGUCUAAAAGCAAAGGUUCCACCAAGAACCUGUCAGACGACGGCAGCCUCAAGAGCUCCAGAUUUGCUGUAAAUCUAGACGCAAAGGAAGGGAAAGAGUGGAAGGAGGGUAAGGAAUGGAAAGAGGUAAAGAAAGACUGCAAAGAGGUAGACCCGAGCAGACCAAUCUCAGUGAUGAGCUCUCUCAGCUACAGAAAACGCUCCAACCUGGAUUCCAUGGGAGGCAAAGGAAAUGCCCUCUUUAGUACCCUCAAGCAGAAUGCAGAGGCAGAAGAGGCUCUGUGUCUCCAUAAAGCUAAACCCAAAAACCCAGAUCCUCAGCAUGAAACCUACUCAAUCAGCUCCAGGAGGAAGUCCCAGGCAGGGACUGACAUGAAUGACAGAGAAUCUGUCAUCUCACAGGCCUUCUCAGAGGCCAACAGCCGGGCCAGGAAAGGUAUGGACAGCCGCUGGGCCGACUUUGACAAAGAAUCCGUCAUUUCAUACACUGCACCUAUCCAGGCCUCUACACGUCUUGGGUUAAGCCCGGAGAAGGAUACCAAGUCAACCAUCAGCUUAGGUCUGUCAAGCCCACUGGGACGCUACAGAAGCUCCUCGCGCUUAGAUGAGGGCAGAGGCGGGCGGUCACUGUAUGGCAGCAGUCCCAGUAGCCCUUGCUUUAGCAGACGGUCUGGGGGGCGCAGUCCAGGAAGUGUUAGCCGAGCUGAUUCCCAUAUGUCGGUGGCACGCAGUUGCCGCCUUAGCGAGUUUGAUGUUGAUAUGGAUGAUAGUCGUAGUGUGGCCUUCACCGAGAGGUCAGCGUACAGUCCUCACUCCACUGGCCGCAGCAUCUCCAUGCCACCGCCACAAGCCAGAUCAUCAACUGCUGAUAAUGACCCCGAUGGGAAUACCCAAUUUGAUAUCAAACCAGUCAGUCAUCGCAACUACCUUGACCCUGACCUGGAGAAAGCCAUUAAUGAGGUGCUUAGUUUCAAACCCAUCAAAUUUAAGCGGAGGGGCUCUGAAGACUCCGAUAACGGAGAAACAUCUAAAAAUGACAAAGACGACAUCAAAAGUAUCCGAAAUGGAGAUGCUAUUUGCCCUGUCAGCAGUAUCAGACGCAGUGUAUCUGCAUUGGAUUGCAUGAGAUCGUCCCGCAGCAGCAAGAGCAAGAGCAAGAAAAAGAAGAGAAGCCAUAGCUCAGAGACUGACUCUUCAGGAAACGACCAUCGACACAGUAGCAGCUCCAAGAGGAGGUUCAAGAAGUCCAAGAAGAAGUCCAAGAAGAGGGACCAAUCGUCAUCUUCCUCCUCGUCUUCCUCCUCUUCUUCUUCUUCAGACUCUGAGCCGGACUCUAAGUCAAGCUCCGGAGCGUCAACCAUUUCCUACCGAAGCUCCAGUAGUGUGAAGAGGGCUCCGGAGCGAAAGGUGUCCACCCCCGAAAGCGAAGGAAAAGCUAGGACACCAAGUGAGAGCCAACCCGUUAACAAAAAGGAUGACAAAAAGAGGAAGAAGAGGGUGGACAACCUGAUGAUGAAGUACCUGUACCGGCCGGACAGUGACUGAGGCAGGCACCCCCCCGGCCAGAGACCGUACCGCUUCGAUAGAUCAGAUGAGGAGGAGGAAGAAGAAGUAAGAGAAGAAGGCGGUGCGACCCUGGACCCUCAGUACUCUUGAAACAAGUGUGACGACAGCAGGGACAGGUCUUAUGAGACCACAUCGGAGUUCUCGCUGGCAGCACCCGCUCACCUCAUUACACCGUGACAGUUUUUCUUGCAUGCAAAGUUGACCACAAUUGUAGAGAGUUGGACACAACCCCACAAUUAAUGACUCAUAACCCUGCAGGGAAACAUGCUUCCAGCACUUCAUCAGAGCUUCCUAAUGCAGAUCCACACAGAAUUUGUCAAACUUCAUCAGCGUUCUGUCACUCACCAGUCACGUCACACACACAAACACACACACAUAGAAGCUCUGUUAUUAACAACUGCAGCGGGUUGCAUGCACGCAGCAGGUGCUUGGCUUGAGCAACCCCUUUGUACAGCUGUAACUGAGCCAAAGAACUUAUGGUUGCAGUGAUAAUAGAUUAUUUCUCUCUUUAUUUGUCUGUCUGUUCCUCGCUUCUUUACAUGUAGUACACCACAAAAAGAUGUUUUGCCAUUGCCAAAAAGCCUUUGUCAAAGUGCGUGUGUGUGCACACUGCUUUACGUAUUGCCAAUUAAUGCUGAGUCCUGACAAAAGUCCCAUCCUUUUUUUUCUCCUUUUUUCUGCCACUUCGACCAUUUAGAGACAAGUGACGUUUGAGUGUCAAGUGUUAACCCCUUUACAGCUGUGGCAUUUCAUGAGCUGCACGUCUUACACUGAGGCUUAUUGUCUCUUCACUUGAACACCUGAAAAGAUGUUCUGCUGCUUUUAUCCCUAACAACCAAGCAUUGUUCUCUAUUUGAAGAUUUUGCAUUUAGAUUACCUACGCAGAAGCCUUUGUUCAAUUUUUGAAUUUCCCUUGGUUUAACUACAUUCUUUACUUUUAGUAAGGAAAACACUUUGGCUUUGUCCUUGGGCUUGUUUUUCACAUGUUGCCUGUGUUUGUUUGAUGUCUGAUGUGCUUUCCCUUUCCCAGAGCAAUUGAAUUUGAUUUGGGUAUCACUCAUAUAUACGGUAUUCUGCAUCAGCAAAAAGGAAUAACUGGUGCUGUUCUAUAUUUCUCUUUUUGUCAACAAACCACACAAAGGGACCACAACCAGUAGUGUUUUUUUUACCUUUGGCAACAAAAUUAUCACUCAAAGGUCCACUUUCCGGACCUUUAUUAUCUCGGUCUUCAUUGAAUGGAGUUGUCAUUGCUCUAUAGCUAAUCAGUUUCUACUGAAGACUAUUAAGUCUUUAAACAUGGUUUAGAAAUAUAUCACUUGUUUCCAUCCACAGUAUCAAAUCCAAAGUGUUGACACUUAACUUCUCUGGAGGCUUUGUGUGGAUUAUUAGUGCUACAACUUUAGCCUCGCUAACAGAGCAGGACAUGCAGAAGGCCAGAGUACACUGACAAUUUAUCUAUCCCACAUAUUUUCAAUAAAAGUGACAUAUCUAUCAGCCAAUAGCACUAUCAAGAGCAUUUGCUGAUUGUGAAACAUGCAGGUAGAUCCACUGAGUGCAGUGACUGUUUGAUCUGAUCUAUGCUUGGAUUCAUCUCUUUUCGUGGGUGGUAAUGAUAUUGUAAGAAAAGUGUAGAAUAUCACCAGCAUCUCCAGCCUCAUUGUCUUUGACCGUAACUUUGCUAACUGGACACACUACAGCCUAUUCAACCAAUACUGUGAAAUCAUGUGCAGUGUCUUUCAGGCAUGUUUAUUCGUCAAGUGUAUUUUUAUUUAACCCAAUGAUGCCUCGAAACCGCAAGAAAAUAAGAACUUGCAUUCUCACGGUUGCUUAAGUGUUACACCGUCUGGUCUCCGUCGGUGUACUGAGCAGCAUUACGGUGUUAUUGAAAGCCAUUUAAAAUACAUGGCCUUUAGGGCUGAAAACUAAUUGUAGACAUUUCUUCUGUCAUUGUCGGAGUAGUUGGGUGUUAUUCUACUAUACAUGCUUUUUGUAUACUCGUGUCUUCGUUUUUAUUCUUUGCAGUCAGCACAAGUGUGGAAAUGUUUUUUUUUACUUUAUUGACCUUGAUAAAAGUGUCUUGCUUCAACAGAAUAAAAACAAAAGUGCGGGCAUAAUAAUGCUGACUGCACAACGUAUUUAUAUAUAAAUAUGGUUGUGAUUGAUGCUAGCUUUGAAAAUAGUUCAUGUUUAUUUUCUUUAUUGAACAAAUUGACCACUUGUUAUACGUUUUGCAUCACAGUUUAAUAUAUUGUAAAUAAAUGGUGCCGAUUGUCUUAGAAUGCAUUGAAGACUGCAUUUGUCUGAAUUUACAUAUUUGGCUGCUGUGUGUCUUGAGGUCAUGUCUCUCCAUUUACACCUACAUAUGAACUUUACAUGUGCUUUUUUCUGAGAUUUCCACACGUUAUGCAGAUAAAACCAAAAGUUAAACCG